CAAUCCAAUUGUGUCUUUAACAAAAUGGCGGUUACCAGUUGAUUUUGUGUGCGUGGUCCACUGCUUAAUGCAGUUCUGCUGCUGCAAAGUCCACUGCAUCAUUUUUUUAAUCUCUAUCAGAGAAAAAUGGGCGGCAUUAAACAACAAUGGUAGUCAUAUCUAGAUUAGAAGAAUACAUUGAUAAGGAUUGGACGUUUAUUGUAUUGUCUAGAGAGUAACAAUUGCUCUUUAAUGAAUGGCGGUUUAUGAUGUAGUUUCUCUCUCGUCCUUGACAGUGCAGUGUCAGUGGUUACAAUUGCCUCUAUACUGUAAUGUGCAUUUAUACAUGACGUUAAGAUUUAAUUAAUUAAAACAAGUGCCAACGAAAUGGAGGUGCUUAAAACAACACAAGAGAUCGUUCAUGACGGAUGGCUCAUUAAGUCACCGCCUACGAAAAUCUGGAGGGCGCGCUGGAGAAAACGAUGGUUUGCUUUACGUCAUAGUGGUGAAUUACCAGGGCAAUAUUUUUUGGAGUACUACACGGACAAAAGGUGUCGAAAACGAAAAGGACAAAUAGAUCUCGAUCAGUGUGAACAAGUUGACGCUGGUUUAAGAUUUGAGAAUCGUAAACAAAAGUAUCAAUUUAUGUUCAAUGUUAAAACGCCAAAAAGAACAUAUUACCUGGUGGCUGAGAAUGAAGCUGAAAUGAAUAAGUGGGUGGACGCCGUUUGUCAAGUCUGUGGCUUGAAGGCCCAGGAUGAAGAGCAACAGUGUCAGAUGUUUCAAUUUGAGGCACAAGAAUCUCCGCCAAUUUCUCCAACGAGUACUAUUUCCGGACCAUAUAUUCCCAUCAGCGAAUGUAUUUCGGGACGACGUCUCAAUGACACCAGCUCUCUGAGUUCAACUCUUGGCCAAAGCACUGAGCAAUAUGACGCGCCAAGAAGAAUUCCUCCAUCGCCUCCAAGAUCGCCGACGACGACCGACGCCGAGAGUGUAUUCACUGAUGACGAAUGGACCGCACCCGUUCCCAGUGUUAAUUGGGAAACGUUUCCUUCUUGUGGAGAUUUAAAACCACCGCCAUGCUCGAGCGAUGCAGAAAUUGGUUCCUGGAGUGUAAGAAAAAGAUUCGGUAAAUUGAGAAUCGUUGAUUCUGCCGCUCCACCAGUUACAGAAGAGUUACCAGCUCCACCUCGACCACCGAAACCCCCGCACAUGUUACCCGAGAAUCCUGGACACAAUUAUUUGAAUUUAGACGGUGCAACGGAAAGUUCAAAGCCCACGACACCCGCCACUCCAGCGCCAUCGACGCCAGCCACGACAAUUCUCAGCGAUGAUAAUUUUGACCUUCCACGUUCACAAACCGGAAUGGAAAUCAUCGGUGGCAGGAAACAUGGCUACACAAAUGCAACGCCAUCGGCAAUUGACGAUCGUGUAUUUCGUUACGAUUUUCAUGACGAAGAACCCUCGAGUCCAAGAUCGGAGAGUUCAACAACAGCGACCUAUUCAAAUCUACCUAGUCCAUUGUUAAAGGAUAGUACCACUACAGUGCCUACUACCAUGGCUCCACCUCCUCCCGUUGUUCAUAGAGAUUUGAAACCAGGUAGAAAAACAAGUGACUCAACUUCAAUUAUUAGCAAUGAACCAUCACCGGGACCCGCGGGAUCGGCGCUGGAUAUCAAUUCAAGUGAACAUUCACCCGCUGAACCACCGAGUAUCGACAGAAAACUCAAACCACCUUUAAAUAGGCCACCAAUUGAAAUUAACACUGGAGCUCUACAAUUGGCUUCUCCUCCAGGAAGGGGAAGAUUGAGAGCAGCUCCUAGUCCAACUCCAACUACGAACACUUAUUCUAAUCGCCAUCAUUCGACGUCUGAUGAAGAUAAUAACGCACAUGACGAUAAAGAAGAGAUUUAUUAUUAUCAGGAUCACAAUGCAUUUAUACCAGCGUCAAAUCGUCGUUUGGUUGUACUGCAAUAUCUUGAUUUAGACCUCGAGGCGAAGGAAAGUUUUUCAUCAUCAACAUUGCCGACAAUUCAAUCACCGCCGAAUAAUACUGUUUAUAAGACAGUUGAUUUUCUUAAAACCGAAGCAUUUAAUCGAACUAGACAACGAGUUGAAGAGGAACGAAAACAAUGCACAGACGAUCUUUCCUAAAAGCUUCAAUGAAAAUUCCACAAAUUUUAUUUCCAAUCAUCAUCAUAUCAGAAAAACAAAUCUUAUAACUUUACAGAGAAACAAAAGGUAAUUAAAUUAAGCACUUUUUUUAUUCAUCUACAUAUUAUUAUUAUUAUCAAUAUUAAUAUUAUUAUUAUUUUUUAUUAUUAUUAUCAUUAGACUGUCAUUUUAACUGGC